CAUCAGAAAGCGAGUCUUGGAAAUCGUACCUUGGCGAGGUGUUUGUGUUACGAAAUGCGGUCUUGAGCCCCGCGGGCUGCGAAACUUUGUGGGCGGGAGGAGUAAGGAAGGGGGCGGCGAAAUUCGUUGCGCGGGAACGCGAAGGCGCUCCUCUCCCCCCCCUCCCGCCGGCUUUUUCUUAGUUUGGCGCCUGGGCUUUUCUGGGUGGAGAGCUAUGAAGCCCCCGUCGAGGCUGCGAUCGGCGCCCGCUCGCUUCCGCCUGGACCCCGCAGUCCGGGUUUGGACGGAUCGAGAAAAGCGACGUCUUCUCCAGGCUUUGAGAGCUCAAGCCCAGACUCCGGGCCCGCUGCGGCCGGAACAGCUGAAGAAAUAUUUGCCUUCCAGAAAUGAGGAUGAGAUCUUAGCAUUUGUAGACCUCCUGAAAGAACGUGUGGCAAGGGAAGCAGUCAAGGCACGGUAUCGAUAUCGCCAAUGCAAAGAGAAGAAUGCCCCAGUUCCAGCACCUAUAGAGGUAUGGAUUCAUUUAGCUAAGAAGUUAACAGGUUGCCUUGAGGAUGCAGUAACAGCUGCUUUUUCCCAGGUUUUAACAAUUGCAUCUGCAGAACCACUCUCCUUGCUUCACUCUGUGCCACCAAAGCCUGUAGAAGUAAAUGCUUCUCAAUGCAUGACCCCAGCUGUUCCUAGCAAGAAUAUGAAAUCCAAUACAGAAUCUGAGGAAGCAACUAUAUCAUCAAAUAUAGAACAGUUGACCCCUGCAGAAAAUGGUGAAUUACAUGUGGACUUUGAAAAAAUAUACAAGUAUCUUUCAGUGAUCUCACGGGGAUCUAAAGCACCAGAACUACCACCUGGUGAGUCAGCUGUUCUACUAGAUCUGCUUUUGUCAUUACCAGAAGAACUGAGUCAUCUGGAUUAUAAGAAACUUAAGGGACAUAUGUAUAAAUGCUAUAUUGAUUUAAGCGCACACUAUAAGAAUGAAAAAAAUACAAGGAAAGCAAAGAUCAGUCCUCUUGUAAACAAUAGUGAAGAUCUUCCUAAAACAUUUUAUAAUGUACCAUCAGUCGGAAAUAGCUUUUCACAAGAAAAAGGGGAUACUAGUUGUAGUGCUUCUUCUAUAAGUGUGACAGCAUCAACAUCUUCCACAGAUUGGAAGACACUGGGUAUUUGCCCAUUGAAUUCAUUUUGGUUUCCUUUGGAUAUUCUAGCACACAAAAAAGAGAUUUUGGAUUGAAGACUCUUAUUUUAUUACACAUGUCAUGAAUGUUGUGUCUUGGUAUCUGUAAGAGUGGAAAAACAACUGUCAUAUUUUGGCCAAGCAUGGUCCCCUAAUUUUGUUCAGUGUUUAGCAUUGGACUUGUCAAUAUGUCUACUUUGUAUUUUUAAAUCAGUGAUAUAUGUGACUGUUUAGAAUUUUUCUUCCAAAAAUCCUGAAGUUUACUGGUUAUUACUGGGAAAUCAGUCUCAUCUUAGAAAGUUUGGGAUUACAUAAUUAAUGUUCUGACUAUGCAUCUUUGUUGUCAGGAUAUGGAUUCUUCCAGAGGUGUCAAAUGCAAUCAGUGUUAUUAAAGUGUUUCUG